AUGUCAUUUACACUGCUUAAUCUUGACUACGAACAUCCUGCUCACGGUGGUCGCUGCGCGACUUUUAACGCACGAUCAGGCAUGAUCAAGGCAUCUGCCGUUUGUUAUGACUUAGAGCCGCUUGCCAACGCGCCUGAUCUUGUCGAGGGCCAAGCCGGCAUCCUCGGAGGCGUUCGAAAAUCGGCGUCACGCAAGGAGAUUCCGAAAUUAGAAGAAUUCCUGGAAAAACGAGACUAUACCGGUGCCCUGACACUGUUGGAAUUCAACAACACCACUGGUGGCAGCCUGGAGACAGACCUAUGGAUGGGAUAUUGUGCAUUUCAUUUAGGUGACUACAAGCGCGCGGCGACAAUCUAUGAAAACUUGAGGAAAAAGGAUUACGUACCGCCUGAUGUUCCGACAAAUUUGGCAUGCUGCUACUUUUACCUGGGCAUGUAUCCUGAGUCACAGAAGAUCUUGGAAGAAGCAAAAGACAGCAAGCUGCGAACCAGAUUAUUAUUUCAUCUGGCUCACAAAAUGGGCAAUGAAUCAAAAUUAAUGGAAUAUCAUCAGAUGCUGCAGGAUGUUAUUGAGGAUCAGCUCAGUCUAGCAGCUAUCCAUUACUUGCAGGCUCAUUAUCAAGAAGCUAUUGAUGUUUAUAAAAGAAUUUUAUUAGAUAACAGAGAUUAUCUAGCUUUAAAUGUAUAUGUAGCUUUAUGCUAUUAUAAGCUAGAUUAUUAUGACGUAGCUCAAGAAGUGCUUCAAGUUUACCUGCAGAAGUAUCCGGAUAGCGCGAUCGCGAUUAAUCUGAAAGCGUGUAAUCAUUUCCGUCUAUACGACGGGAAUGCCGCGCAGGUCGAAAUGAAGCAGCUCAUUGAAAAGAUAUCAAGUUCCUUCAGUUCUGGCCACGAUCUUAUACGUCAUAACACAGUUGUCUUUAGAGGUGGCGAAAACGCUUUACAAAUCUUACCCAACUUGGUGGACGUCAUCCCAGAAGCCAGACUUAAUUUAGUGAUAUAUUAUUUGAAACAAGACGAUGUUAAGGCAGCUUAUGAGCUGAUUAAAGAUCUUGAACCAGCAGUCCCGCAGGAAUACAUCUUAAAGGGCAUAGUUAAUGCCGUUAUGGGUCAGGAAACCAAUUCUCGCGACAGUAUAAAAACUGCAGAGCAAUACUUUCAACUGGUGGGCUCUUCAGCAUCCGAAUGCGAUACCAUACCUGGUAGACAAUGCAUGGCUUCCUUCUUCUUCCUUUAUCGGCAAUUCGAGCGAGUCAGAUUAUAUUUGAAUUCGAUAAAAACAUAUUUCUCCAAUCAGGAUAAUUUCAAUUUCAACUAUGCCCAAGCGCAAGCCGGUGCGGGCUACUUCAAAGAAGCAGAAGAAGCUUUUCUGACAAUACGCAAUGAAAAAUAUAAAAAUGAUUAUAUUUACAUCAGUCUUCUAUCAUAUUGCUAUAUAAUGAAUAAAAAGGCUGAACUGGCCUGGGAAUUGUACUUGAAAAUGGACACAUCGGCAGAAUCUUUUAAUUUGCUUCAGUUGAUCGCCAAUGCAUGUUACAAAGUCGGUGAAUUCUGGUACGCUGCUAAAGCCUUCGACAUGCUGGAACGCAUAGAUCCGAGCCCUGAACAUUGGGAAGGAAAGCGCGGUGCAUGCUGUGGUACUUUUCAGUAUAUCAUCGCGGAAAAGCUACCAAAAGAACUGCUGUCGGAAAUAAUACAGCUUCUCAAAAAUACAUCCAAUUCUCAAGUAGAACAAAUAAUACGUGUUAUGCGCAAAUGGGGAAAGGAUAAUAGGGUGAAUUGCUAAUAUCGUCGAAUUUUGUGACGUUAUAUUAAUUCCGUCCAAAAUGCCUUAUUCCUUUUUGUAAGAUAGUAUCACGUAACGCAUGGUAAAAUGUGAUAUACAUAUAGAAAGUAUGAUACAUACGUUAUAACAAAGAGUAAUAUUCUAUUUAUAGAUAGGAUAACAAUAUAUACGAAAUCUUGUACGUCUUAUUUAAUAAAGCUAAAAAUCUUCAAUAUAAAUGAAU